UGCCGUGAUACGCUUGUCGGCUGCUCUGGUCCAACGCGAUUUCGAUGCGAUGUGGAUAUGUACCGAAAUCAUGCCACUCUCCCCAUUUUAUUCACGUUAAACGCAUAUAAUUUCUGGGUAUCGGAAAGAUAUCGGUCCCUGCAAAUAGUUUUAUCUAGAUAUGGCAGAUUCGAGUACGUCUGCGUUGGUCUUGGAACGUGAUGGUGAUCAUGUAUGUGAUGCUGUCACAUUCCCAAAGCUAUCGUUGUUGCCAACCACACCGAGGAUGUUUUGCCCAGCAGUGCUGUCAUCGUGGAAGAAAUACACCCAUGGUAGCGAUACUUGCAAGCAAGCAGGUCUCCCUUGAGUUCUUCAGGGUAUUGUACGGACCACCAGUAUUCACAGCGAACAAACCAAGGAGGGAUUUAUUACCCUUGCACGUCAAUCAUUUCCCCUUUUUCUGCGGGAGGAUGCUGUUCUCCAUGGCGGAAAGCUGGCCGGAAUCAACUACGACUACGGCGUACAUUCUUCCAUUCAUUUAUUAUGUGCUUCUGAUGGUUUAUUUCACCUGUAUGGAGUACUUCUGGGAUUCUCCUCUCUUUCUACUGCUUGUGUCCUUGGAAUGAGGCCCUUUCAGCGACCGGCGGCCCUCGCGGUUCCGAGCCCGAAGUUAGCUGCGACAGAGGUGUAUCGCGCUACAUUCAAUAGGCCUUGUUCCCGUCCAUCGGAAUCAUUC